AUGAGCCCCCGCAAGCCCGCCGCGGCAGACCGGCCAGGGCCGCCGGGCCCGGCAGAAAGACCGCCCGCCGCCGCCACGCCGUCUUCCAGCGCACCCGCCCAGGCUUCCAGCACACCCGUCCAGGCGCCUGCCGCCGCCCCCCAGUCGUCUGCCGCCGGGCGGCGCCGGUCCAACUCGCAGUCGCAGGGCACCGGCGCGGCGCAGUUCGGGCCGCCCGAGCCGCCGCACGCCGGCAGACGGCAGGCCGGCCCGGCGGCCCGGAAGAAACCGCACAAACGGCCGGCGGCCGAGUUCUACGUGACGCUCUCGCUGCUCAACGACACGUUCGCGCCCAAGCACGUGCACGUGCCGUACUUCCCGGACACGUGCAAGUUGGGCCGGCCCACGGGCUCCAAGGUGAAGCCGCUGGCGGCCAACGGCUACUUCGACUCGCGCGUGCUCUCGCGCAACCACGCGUGCAUGUACGUGGACGCGGCGCUGGGGCAGCUCAUGGUGCAAGACAUGGGCCUGUCCAACGGCACGUUCGUGAACCUGGAGAAGCUCGGCGCCGAGCCCGUGUGUGUGCGGGCCGGCGACACCAUCAACUUGGGCUUCAACAUCCAGGUGGAGACCAGCCACAAGCAGAUCAGCGCGCGCGUGGACCGCGUGGACGUGGUGGCCGCGACGCCGCAGGGCGCCGUGCUGGGCGUGUUGCCGCGGCUCACGCGCCUGGCCAUGGCCCUGUUCUCGGACGCGGACAUGCACCACUACGAGUUUCUCCAGGACUUGUGUGCGCGGCUCGCGCCGCCGCAGGGGCCGGGCCCGGCCGGGUUUCUGCCGGACGCCUGCGCCGGCGGGCCUCUGGCGGCCGGCCCGGACCACCGCGGAGCCCCGCUGGACGCCCGGCCUCCCCCCGGGGAUGCCGCGCCGCCCGCCGUCAAGGCCUUCGACCACGGCAUGUUCUCCGACAUCGUGCCCUCGCUCGACGACUUGUUCGACAGCUCGGCCCGCCAGCGCGCGGACGGCGCCGCGCCGCGCCGCGUCUCGGGCGUCUACACCGCGCCGGAGCUCCUUUCCACGCUCGACUUCUUGGGCGCCAACUUGGCCAAGGUCAGGCAGCAGCGCUCCGUGUUGGCCUCGCUCGAGGCCUUCUUCGCCCGCUACGCCGCGCGCGUGGACGAGAUCACCUCGCUCAACGCGCGCGAGCAGGCGCGUGUCCGCGAGCUCGAGCUCGCCGCGAAGCAGCUGCUGGAGCGCGAGGCCGCGGCGCGCCAGCUCCGCGACACGGAGGCCCAGCUCGCGGCGCAGGUCCGCCGCGUGGGCUCGCUCGAGGCUCAGCUCGCCCAGUUGGCCGCGGCCGGCUCGGGUGGUAAGAGCCACGUCGGCGUUUCCGCCAAGAGCAUUGGUCCCUCCACAUCGGGUCAUCGCGAGACUGGUGCAUCCACAUUGGGCCAUCUCGAGAUUGGUCCCUCCACAUCGGGCAAUCUCGAGACUGGUGCCUCCACAUCGGGUCAUCUCGAGUCUGGUGCCUCCACAAUGAGGAAUCUCGAGACCGGCCCCUCCACAUCGGGCAACACGGCCUCGCGCAACAUGCAAAUGGCUGCGAAAUCCGCCCGGCCUAAUGCAGACGCGCCGCCCCAGUCCCCCGCCCGGCCCCCUCUCGCCAGCGCCGGCACACGCAACCACUUCGUGGCGUCGCUUCUCGAAAGCAAGCCCGCCCGCCGCCUGCCCCCGCCCGCCGGUCGCGGCGCCUCCGAUAUCGGCCCCGCGCCGCCCUCCCGCGACGCGUGCGCGUCCGGUGCGGAGCCCGCCGAGACGCCGGCGCCCUCCGCCCAGCCCCGCCAGCUCGUGCCCUCCACGCUCGUGGCCUGCGCCGGCUACGUGCACCGUGCCCUCCUUCCCUACCACACCCAGGGCGUGGUGUUGCUGUCUCACUGGCGAUUCCGCGCGCUUUCCGGUCGAACCCCCAGCUGCCCCUUUGUGCCCAGGCGCAUUCUCCGCGAGAACCAUCGCGCCUCCCGAGCCAUGCUCUCGCGCUCCUUCCUCCCCCGCUCGCUCGUGCAGAAGAGGCCCUUUGUCUUGGGCACUCUUGCGACGCUCGUCGGCUCCGUGCUCUUCACCGAGAACAACCGGCUCGCGUCCAAAAUGGAGCGGGGCGAACUCCACUACGAGAACCCCAACGUCGCGUUGAACAAGUCCAAGGGCGAGCCCGCCGGCAACAAGUACUUCCGGCGCAGGCUCCCCGACUACCCCGGCCACGUCCCGCUCUACAACAUCGAGAAGCUCCUCAUGUUCGCAGGCUCGGGCGUGGGCUCGUACUUCCACCCCGAAAGGAACGAGAACAUCGUCGCGCUCGGCGAGUCCACCGCCAUCAGACCCGUGUUGAAACGGCUCCAGAGGCAGAUGCUCUCGGACCCGGUCGGCCGCGAAAUCCUAAGGGAGCGCCCAAGAAUCACAAGCACGUCGCUCGACUUGCUGCACUUGAGGUCGUUGCCCGACAACACGAUCGGGAAGACGUACGUGAAAUGGCUCGACCGCGAGGGCGUCUCGCCUGACACGAGGGUGGCCGUCAGAUACAUCGACGACGACGAGCUCGCGUACAUCUACCAGAGGUACAGGGAAUGCCACGACUUCUACCACACGAUCACGGGUUUGCCCAUUAUUAUAGAGGGCGAGAUUGCCGUCAAGGUCUUGGAGUUCAUGAACAUGGGGAUUCUUAUGCCCGGCUUGGGUGCGCUUGCGGCGCCCUUCCGCCUCAAGAAGGCCCAGAGAGAAAGGCUCUACAACAUCUACUAUCCGUGGGCUUUCAAGAGCGGGCUCAACUCAAAGCCCCUCAUCAACGUGUACUGGGAAAAACUACUCGAAAACGACAUCGAUGAGUUCCGCGAGAACAUCGGCAUCGAGCAGCCGCCCGACUUGCGGAUGAUGCGCAAGGAUUACUUCGCCAAGUUGAAGGAGCAGAACAGAAUCUGA